AUGGCCGACCUACCGCCACAAUAUGCGAGACAGAUGUCGCUAAUUCCUUACGCUCAUGAUUCCCACCGCGAGGUUGUCCUGCGACGAGGCAGCUCUGUAGUGGUAUACGAUUCAGACUCGAGACUGCUAUCUGUUCGCGAUGUAUCCGAACAAUUUGUCGAGCUAGCGGACUGUCCGUACUGCCAAAGACCACUUCGCGACAGAGAUGCCCCGGAUGAGGAUGAGCGCACCAGCCAUAGGUACGGUCCCGAUCGGCCUUUCGUGGACCCGGAUUACUUCUCAAUGCUCGCGGCCAGUCAGAGACCUUCGCCAUCAGUAUCUGGGGAGUCCACGCCAAGCAGACGUUUCCACCCGGCGCUGAGAUCAGGGAGAUCCAGAGACGUUAGCGGUUCGACGGGCCCGCCAACUGGAGCAGAGUUUGUGGGUAGCGAGCCAGCAUCGUCCACUGGACAGGGAAUUAGUGCGUCUGCCUUUUCGCCUGGCUACUUUCAACAGUUCUUCAGAGAAGAACGCGAGCUCGGUCGGGGUGGCAACGGUGUUGUGCUGCUGGUUGAGCAUGUCAUCGAUGGCGUUUCCUUGGGCUCCUUUGCAUGUAAGAGGAUUCCGGUGGGAAACAGCAAGCAAUACUUCGAAAAAGUCAUUAUUGAGGUCAGACUGCUGCAAAACAUUCCGCACAAGCAUCUUGUGGCGUAUCAUUGGACCUGGUUAGAGGAUCAUCAGCCUUCCAAGUUCGGGCCCAGCAUACCAUGUCUCUGGAUUCUGCAGGACUACUGUAAUGGUGGUGACCUACACCGACACGUUUUGGGUCCCAGACAGAGCCAGUCUGCUACCGAGAAGCUCAAAGAGAAAGUGCGUCGAAGGUCAAAGGGUGAUGCCACUCCACCCGUAGAUCUGAGAGGCCGCAGUCGACUGUCCUUUGAAGAGAUAUUCUCAUACUUUCGUGACAUCACAUCUGGCUUGCAUCACCUGCACACGAAAGGUUACAUACACCGGGAUCUUAAGCCGAGCAACUGUCUGUUGCAGCGGGAUGGAGGACGAACCAGGGUGUUGAUUUCUGACUUUGGUGAAGUGCAAGCUGCCGGAGCCCUCCGUGGUUCUACCGGUGCUACCGGCACCAUCUCCUACUGUGCGCCAGAGGUACUCCAGCGAGGAGCUGACGGGUCGCUUGGGAACUUCACAACGAAAAGUGACAUUUUCUCACUUGGGAUGGUCGUCUUCUUCAUGUGCUUUGGUCGAUUGCCAUACGUCAACGUAGACGAUGAAUCGGAAGAGAACGAGGACUUUGAUCAACUUCGGUAUGAGAUCAUUCAAUGGACUGGAUUCAACGAAGAAGCCCGCACCAGGCCCGAUCUACCCGAGAAGCUUUACAGGUUCUUGAAGAGACUACUCUCAGUAAACCCGUCAGACAGACCGAGUACCGAAGAAAUUCUGGCGAGCAUCAAAGGUGGGGUAUCGCAUGGCGACGGUGAAUGGUCGUUUGAGGAAUAUGACGACUACAGGCCUCGAGUCUCCAGUGUUGAUUCUCCGGCGGCGAAGGUCUCCUCGCGCAAGCAGCAGCCUUCCUUCACAGCACGACCAGGGCUUGGCUCACCAGUCAGGCACAGAUCCAGCAACGACGUGAAUGCCGAUCGGCAGGUCGAUCAUUCUCACGAACGAAGUCGAGCACUCAGUCCGUUGAAGUCAGCUACGAAUGCAAGCCUGAGGGAAAACGAGACAGCCACGAAGGAAUCUCCGCCAUCGUUGCCAAAUCCGCGCUUAAUGCUGCCCCCGCCUCCGGAACGCCCGAUCAUCCACGGAAUGAGAAGAGCUGUGGCGCAUCCCAGCGCAGAAAUCGCACGCAAGAUCGCGCUCUUCUUUGCCAAGUUGCUGUCACUGUCGCUGCCGUGUAACCCAUACGCUACGAAACAGUGGGUCCUGUAUCCUCUUCUGGGACUGGCGGCGCUUGAUCUGGGACUUACAGACAUCACUUUGCAACAGUCUUUCACCUUGGUGGUCGUCCACGUGGCCGUCGUACUGCUUGCGUCCCAGCGUGGUAGUCUUUGCCAAAUCAGUGGCAAGRGCGUGCUUUGGGAUACCGUUUGA